CAAUGGGCGUGCAGCUUGUUGAGGGGGCGGAGCCUGUGGCAGCUGACGGCUGGAGCAGGGAUGUCAGCACCAGACUCAGGAACAGCUCCACCUGGUCAGACCGCCCCUUUCCCCAAUGCUCCACCUCUGAUGCCUCCACCUUUUAUGCCACCCCCUGGCCUUCCACCUCCUUUUCCACCAAUUGGACUGCCACCAAUAGGACAGAGGCCUCCAGCAAUGCCCCCAAUUCCUCAUGCUAUGUUGCCACCUAUGAUCCCACCCUUGGCAGGACCGCCUCCUAUCUCUCAGCUCCCAAAUCUUGUGCCACCACUGUUGCCGACUAUGAUGUUGCCAGCCGUCACAACCAGCACUACUACACAGGCGACUGCUCCGGGAACAGAGGCUGUGAGCCCACUAGUAACUCAACCAGCUCCAAUGACACGGAAUACUGUUGCAGAAGAAAUUUCACCCUCUCAAGACAUUCCAUUAAAGAAGUCUCUAUGGACUGAGCACAAAGCUCCAGAUGGGCGUACCUACUACUACAACACUGAAACCAAGCAGUCCACCUGGGAGAAGCCAGAUGAGCUAAAAUCCAAAACAGAGCUUCUUCUCUCGCAGUGUUGCUGGAAGGAGUAUAAAUCCGAUACAGGCAAACCGUAUUAUUACAACUCCAAGACCAAGGAGUCACGCUGGACCAAACCCAAAGAUUUAGAAGAAUUAGAAGUGUUAAUAAAACAAGAGGAAGAAGCUGGAAUUGAUCAUGAAAAUAAGUCUGCGCCCUCCAGUCCUCGCUCUACUGCAGCUUUGUCUGACACUGAGAUGGCACCAACUGAGGAGGUAUCAAUGUUGCCACCUAGUAUACCAGAGCCAGCUGACACCGGCGAAACAGAAACUUCUCAAGAUGAUGCUACAUUUAACCAGAAGGAACUGAGUAAUAGUGAUAGCCUGCAAAUUGAAGAAUACAAAAUGGAGCCAGAGAAACCAUUUUAUCACUGGAGCACAAAAGAAGAAGCUAAACAGUUAUUUAAAGAUCUUCUGAAGGACAAGGGUGUUUCUUCUAAUGCAACAUGGGAGCAAGCAAUGAAAAUGAUUAUUAAUGAUCCACGGUACAGUGCACUGCCAAAAUUGAGUGAAAAGAAACAUACAUUCAAUGCUUAUAAAUCACAGCGUGAAAAAGAAGAGAAGGAGGAAAAUCGACUCAGAGCCAAGGAGGCUAAAGAGAAGCUACAGAGUUUCCUAGAGCAGCAUGAGAAGAUGACAUCAGCCACUCGAUAUAGGAAAGCCGAGCAAAUGUUUGGAGAACAAGAAGUGUGGUUACUGGUUCCAGAAAGAGAUCGCAAAGAAAUUUAUGAUGAUGUUCUCUUUUUUCUCGCAAAAAAAGAAAAGGAACAAGCAAAGCAGCUGAGGAAACGUAACGUUCAAGCCCUGAAAAAUAUCUUGGAUAAUAUGAGCAAUGUUAGCUUCCAAACAACAUGGUCGGAGGCCCAGCAGUACCUAAUGGAUAAUCCAAUGUUUGCUGAGGAUGAAGAACUUCAGAAUAUGGAUAAAGAAGAUGCCCUCAUUUGUUUUGAGGAGCAUAUCCGAGCUCUGGAAAAAGACGAAACUGAAGAAAAGGAAAAAAGUAGGCUCCGUGAAAGGCGCCAGCAACGUAAAAAUCGUGAAUCUUUCCAGGUGUUUCUUGAUGAGCUGCAUGAAACCGGCCAGUUACACUCCAUGUCUACGUGGAUGGAGCUGUACCCGUCAGUAAGCACUGACACCCGCUUUUCUAACAUGCUAGGACAGACAGGUUCUACUCCACUUGAUUUGUUUAAGUUUUAUGUAGAGGAUCUGAAGGCUCGAUUCCAUGAUGAGAAAAAGAUCAUAAAAGAUAUUCUGAAGGAUCGUAACUUCAGUGUUGAGGUGAAUACUACAUUUGAAGACUUUGCACACAUCAUCAGUUUUGAUAAGCGAGCAGCUACACUUGAUGCUGGAAACAUCAAGUUAACAUUUAAUAGUCUCCUGGAGAAAGCAGAGGCCCGGGAACGUGAGCGAGGAAAGGAAGAAGCACGCAAGUUUAGACGGAAAGAAGCAGCAUUUAAAAGCAUGUUAAAGCAGGCGGCUCCACCUCUAGAAUUAGACAGCAGCUGGGAUGAUGUACGAGAACGGUUUGUUGGUGACAGUGCUUUUGACCAGAUUACAGUGGAAUCAGAAAGGAUCCGUCUAUUCAAGGAAUUUAUGCUGUCUUUUGAGAAUGAAUGCCAGCAUCAUCAUUUUAAAGCCAAGAAACACUCCAAAAAAUCCAAAAAGCACCACCGUAAGCGUUCUCAAUCACCCAGCCCUGCAGAGUGGGGGAGGAAGAAGGUCCCAGAAAACUCUACCUGGGAUACAGCUGGAGCAGUAGAGAAAACAUCAGAGACAGAGGAGGAAAACCACCAACAUCGCUCACAAAAAAGAAAGAAGAGAAACCAUUCAGAGUCAGGGUCUGAGGUCUCAUCAUCAGGUGAUUCAGAACAUAGUUCCAGGAAAUCCAAGAGACAGAAAAAGAAAAAUAAGAAAAAGAGACACAAAUCGAACAGUCCGGGGAGUGAAGCAGAGAAGGAAAAAGAGAGAAGUAAGAGGGAACGAGAUCCAGACAGUGAACAUAUGAAAGAGAGAAUGAAAGACCGAGACCACGAUCAAGAGACCUCAGACAGCGGCCCCAGAUCACUAAAACAGGGCCUGCAGAAGGAGAAAACAGGCUGGGACACAUCAGAGAGCGAGCUCAGUGAAGGAGAACUGGAGAAGAGGCGGCGAUGUCUACUCCAGCAGCUGGAUGAUGAUCAGUAGAUAGAUUUGGCUUCCCACACUGGAGCACUACUUACAAUCAUGCGUUUUAAUAGUUUGGGCUAACAGGUUUGGUUCUAUAGAAGUGUGCACUGGAUGUCUGGUAUUAGUUCAGAAUAGAAGCCGGGUCCUGGUCCUUGGCCACCUAUCUAAGGUUUUAUUUGUAACAUAAGAGCUGAAAUUUAAUUUUCAUAGGCAGCAUCACAGUUUAUCAUUUGUACUAGUUUUUAGACCAUAGAAGAAUUGUACUUUUUGUUUGUUUGUUUUUUUAAGAAAAUGCAGACUCUUUAAAGGGGUACACCACUGCUACAGCAUUCGGAACAUUGUGUUAUGAACGCU